AAUUUAUAUAAAACAUAUAUAAAUUUAAGUUAAUGGAGCAAUGCUCGUGGCAGGGCAAAGGGCAAUUUUAUUGCAGCUUCAGGCUAUCACAACUAAAACAUGCGGCCGAGGGUGAUGAAAGGUCAUCCGGUUUAUUAGGUCCGAAAUAUCAAAGGUUACUUCGUAUUCAUCUUUGGUGCACGUGCACAGCAGAUGACACAAAAUUCCUACAACCAAUCAGAAUAUUGCCUGCGUAAUUUGACAUGAAUUUAACCAAUCAAAAACCAGGAAUACGAACACAAAAGACAAAGCAUGCUUGCUGAAAGUCACUGUGUUCUAAAGUCCCAACGAGGCACACUACAGGUUACAAAGCUGCGAAACUUUUAAACUUUUUAUUCAUACAUUGCUUAUAAAUAAUUCAUCGUUAUGCCUCCCGUGCGACGCGUGAGAAUAAGAACCGCAAACAGAGGAAGUGCGCCAAACCAAAACGAAUCCAACAGCAGAAAUAAUGGAGCGGUCACUAUUACAAGUCUCCGAAGACAGUGCGCCGAAAAAGGACUACCAACACAUGGACGUCGAAAUGCGUUAGUGGCUCGCUUACAACACAACGCCACAACGAAUAUCAAUUUACCUGUGUCGACAAACGAAGACCCGCAACCAGCGCCUACUGUAUCGCCAACUUUGCCUACGGAACAACAACCACUUUCAGAAAUGCAGCAGGCGCAAAUUAAGUCGAUCGUCUCCAGGUGCGUUGAACAAGCAGCGACCGAGAUAGCGUCCAACGCAGCCCGGGCUGCCGUCCAAGCAGUGUUAAACUCGACGUCUUGUGCCAGUGAGAGCAACGCGGCCAACAACAGAAUUCCAGUCGUCCCAGCCGAAAGCGACGCGCACGAAGGCGAGAAUAUUUCCAUACUAACCGCAAAUCAGGCGACCAACGCUGCACAGCGAAUUCCCUACGGAAAUGGCUUCCACGAGGUUCCUGCGACAUAUGUCAAGCAAAUACAGUCGGAGAUUUCGACAAUUGGCUCCCGAUGCAGAUACCAGUCCUUGCCAAAUUCCAGAAAUUUUAAUGACUCUCUGAAUGAGGACAUCCAACAUUAUAUAAGUUUAUCUCUUGCAUCUGCAACACAACAAACCUAUAGUUCUGGAGAAAAACGUUUUAUUACAUUCAUACAGUUAUACAAGAGAAAAAAUAUCGAGCAGGUUCUACCAGCUGAUGAAGCUCUGUUGACAGAAUUCGUUGCAUUUCUCGCAAAAUCUAUCAAAUAUCCUUCCAUAAAAACAUAUUUAGCAGCAGUCCGCCACUACCACAUUCGGCAUGGUUUCCAGUUGAAUUUGCACAAAAUGUUACGCCUGCAACUUGUGCUACGAGGAAUUAAACGCUCCCAUGGAGACAAAACUAGAGUCCGCCUCCCAAUCACAAUCCACCAUUUGCGGCUUUUUAGAAUAUUACUUGGCAUAUCCAACACCCCAAGUUUUGACUCUCUGAUGAUAUGGGCAGCCAUGACAUUAGCCUUUUUUGGGUUUCUCCGCCUCGGAGAGCUAACAUGCAAUUGUAAAUUCAAUCCGAGCAUACAUCUUACCCGAGAUAGGAUCCUCUUUGCACCUAGAACGGGCACAAAUGGUCCCGAUUUCAUGACAGUUCGUAUCAAGGAGUCCAAGACUGACCCAUUUCGCCUGGGUCAUACUAUAACAGUCGGGGCCACUAAUUCGGACAUUUGUCCAGUACAAGCUUUACAAAACUAUCUGUCGCUACAACCAUCCACGAAUUGUCCUUUGUUUAUCCAUGCAUCGGGAAAACCUCUCACGAAACAAAAUUUAACCACCGAAACUAGGAAGCUGCUCACUAAAUCUGGCUUCGAGGCGUUGAAUUAUGCUGGUCAUAGCUACAGAAUAGGUGCGGCAACAACUGCAGCAGAAGCCAAAUUACCAUCAUGGCUUAUUAAAACCUUAGGGCGGUGGUCAUCUGACUGCUACGAACGGUAUAUUCAGACACCUACUUCUAUGUUAUCAGGAGUAUCAGCCAUGCUGGCCAACACUAGCACUUAAAUAUACUGCAAAAAGGGAGAGUAAUAUUAUACUAAAAAAAAAAAAAAAAAGAAAAAAAAAGUUGUGUAUGCGGUCUGCGCAUAUAUCUUCAUAUAGGCCUAUCGAUAUGUUUCGUACAAUUUGCAUUCUGUGUGGGCCUCUUUUCGUCUAUGGGGAAUACACUUUGUGUAUUUGUGGGGUUGAAGUGCUCCCAAUGAUCACCUUCAGGCCCAUAGACUCAAAUUAUCUUAAUGUACAUAUAUUCAGUCGAAUCGUAGGGACUGGCCAAGGGGAUUAUGACCUCGUGGUUCAGGUUGAUGUUAGAUGGGGUCGCGACCCUUCUAGCAGGGCUCUAUUGGGGAUUAUCACCCCUAUAGGGCAUUCAGUCUCUCCUAGUGGGGCUUAUAGAUCCCCCACAGGAGGAAAGCAUAAGGCCCUAAUGAGUCUUUUGGGAUGUACAACAGUACAGUAUGUUUAAAGCCAAUUUAUAUAAAACAUAUAUAAAUUUAAGUUAAUGGAGCAAUGCUCGUGGCAGGGCAAAGGGCAAUUUUAUUGCAGCUUCAGGCUAUCACAACUAAAACAUGCGGCCGAGGGUGAUGAAAGGUCAUCCGGUUUAUUAGGUCCGAAAUAUCAAAGGUUACUUCGUAUUCAUCUUUGGUGCACGUGCACAGCAGAUGACACAAAAUUCCUACAACCAAUCAGAAUAUUGCCUGCGUAAUUUGACAUGAAUUUAACCAAUCAAAAACCAGGAAUACGAACACAAAAGACAAAGCAUGCUUGCUGAAAGUCACUGUGUUCUAAAGUCCCAACGAGGCACACUACAGGUUACAAAGCUGCGAAACUUUUACCCACCCACCCACACCGUUUAGUCGGGAUACGCACUUGUAAGAAGGAGAACACUGGAAGCACCUUCGUCACGGAUAUCUUAGAAACAAUGCAAACAUUGGAGUACACUGCUACCGUACCUCAGGACGUAUUAAAAUCUAAUAUGUAAAGCAUGCACCUGUAUUUUGCUGUAUUUAUUUUCAGCUUGGUAGUAAUAAAUAAAAUGGUCAUGUGGGGUUGAAGUGCUCCCAAUGAUCACCUUCAGGCCCAUAGACUCAAAUUAUCUUAAUGUACAUAUAUUCAGUCGAAUCGUAGGGACUGGCCAAGGAGAUUAUGACCUCGUGGUUCAGGUUGAUGUUAGAUGGGGUCGCGACCCUUCUAGCAGGGCUCUAUUGGGGAUUAUCACCCCUAUAGGGCAUUCAGUCUCUCCUAGUGGGGCUUAUAGAUCCCCCACAGGAGGAAAGCAUAAGGCCUUAAUGAGUCUUUUGGGAUGUACAACAGUACAGUAUGCUAAUCUGGAGUACUUCACCCCCAUGACCCAUUCUCCCACACAAAGAAUGUGCAUCAGUUGUGUCUGAUUUUGGCUCAUAGUAUGUCUCUCAAGAGCAAUUGAAUCAUUAAAGGUGUGUAUAAUUGAAAACAUUCCGUAAAUGAAAGAGCUAAUAUUCAAAAUCUUUCUCAUUUAUU